GGCCAGUGGAGUCACUCGCAGGGGAAGCCGGGACGGUGCGGGAACAGAUCUUCAGCAACACUUCUAGUCAGAAAAUGUCCGCUCUUGAAACCGUCUUUAAAUACAUUGAUGAACACCAGGACCUCUAUGUUCAGCGCCUGGCUGAGUGGGUGGCAAUCCAGAGCGUGUCGGCAUGGCCGGAGAAGAGGGGUGAAAUCAAACGCAUGAUGGAGGUUGCUGCGAGGGAUAUUGAGCGACUGGGAGGCACAACCCAACUUAUGGAUAUUGGGAAACAAAAGCUGCCUGAUGGAUCAGAGAUCCCUCUACCACCAGUUGUUCUGGGAACACUUGGCACAGAUCCACGCAAAAAGACAGUGUGUGUAUAUGGUCACCUGGAUGUUCAGCCAGCAGUACUAGAGGAUGGCUGGGAUAGUGAGCCCUUCACACUGGUAGAAAGAGACGGAAAGUUAUAUGGGAGAGGAUCAACAGAUGACAAAGGUCCAGUGCUUGCCUGGCUGAAUGCCUUGGAGGCUUAUCAACAAACUAACCAGGACUUUCCAGUAAAUAUUAAGUUCUGCCUAGAGGGUAUGGAAGAAUCAGGAUCUGAAGGCCUUGAUGAACUGAUUUUUGCUCAGCGAGAUACUUUCUUCAAAGAUGUGGAUUAUGUGUGCAUUUCUGACAACUACUGGCUAGGCAAGAAGAAGCCUUGUAUCACUUAUGGCUUGAGGGGCAUCUGCUACUACUUCAUAGAGGUGGAAUGUUGUGACAAAGACCUUCACUCUGGUGUGUACGGUGGUUCAGUACAUGAGGCCAUGACAGAUCUCAUUGCUCUAAUGGGUUGUCUUGUAGACAAGAAAGGGAAAAUCCUCAUCCCAGGUGUUAAUGAAGCAGUGGCGCCUGUUACUGAUGAGGAGCUGGCGUUAUAUGAGAAGAUUGAUUUUGACCUGACAGAAUAUGCAAAAGAUGUAGGAGCAACAAGACUCCUGCAUGAUACAAAGAGAGAUAUCCUUAUGCAUAGAUGGAGGUACCCUUCACUGUCUCUGCACGGAAUUGAAGGAGCCUUCUCAGCCUCUGGAGCCAAGACUGUGGUUCCUAGGAAAGUGAUUGGCAAGUUCUCAAUCAGGCUUGUGCCAAACAUGACUCCUGAAGAAGUCACAAAGCAUGUUGAAGACUACUUGAACAAAAAGUUUGCGGAGCUGCAGAGUCCCAACAAAUUCAAAGUGUACUUAGGCCAUGGUGGAAAACCCUGGGUGUCAGACUUCAACCAUCCCCACUACAUGGCUGGUAGGAGGGCCAUGAAGACAGUUUUUGGAGUUGAACCAGACCUGACAAGGGAGGGAGGAAGCAUUCCUGUUACCCUUACCUUUCAAGAAGCAACAGGCAAGAAUGUCAUGCUGCUUCCUGUUGGAGCUGCAGAUGAUGGUGCCCACUCUCAAAAUGAGAAGCUAAAUAGGUACAACUACAUCCAAGGGGUGAAGAUGCUUGGUGCAUAUCUCUAUGAGGUUUCCCAGCUGAAGGACUAAAUUAGACACUUUACCUUAUGGUUUAUGGAUCAGAAGUGUGAAUUUUCUUACAAAAUGUCAUCAGUCACCAAACUUACAUGGCUCCCCUUUUCCACAAACACUCCACCACCACUGCGUUGGUGGAGGAGAGGGAAACAUGCAGUUCCAUUUGACGGACAUGUAUACCAAAAAUACUUCUUUAAAUGCUUACUUUAAAUUACAAGACUAUUCCUUGUCUGGUCAGCAGUCCUGAGCUGCAUCUGAGUCUCCUCUGUAUCACUUCAGUUUGCUAUAUUCAUCUACUUUUCCUGUAAAAGAAGAGGAAUGGUUUGUUCUCAACAGUUUAAGCAGCCAUAGCAGUUGUAGAACUGCCAGCUAAAUUUAAGGUUCUCGUUCCUGGGUAUGUCCUGGAAGUAAGUAGUCAGUGACAGAUAAUGGGGCUACACUGGAAUGUGUUCAAACCUGUCUUUGCUAACUGAGUGAUUUGGAAGAGCACUUUGUCUCUUGCAGUUUGUCUCUGCCUGUCUGCAGCUUUCAAUUGACAGUGAAUCAGGGUAUAACAAAUUUCACUGUGGUAACAACUGCUGGCCGUUUUUGUAAAGCUGCCUUUGUACUACCAAAAAAGGAUAAUAAAUAAUCAUGCUAUA